CCCAACGGUACAAUAUCCGUUAUACUUCAGAAAGCCAAGAAUACCAAGAUACCUUUGACUGCAACAAUGUUGACCGCAAUGAUUUUUCUUCUUUUCGCGCUUCCAUUUACCAAUGCCCAGUAUGGUUCAAACGAUGCUAGCACGACAACUAGUGCAUCGUCGAGCACCACAGCCUCGGCAUCAAGCAGCACCCACAAAGUCAAUGUCGGCGAAGACGGCUUUACAUUCAACCCAGAUACACUUACUGUAUCUCCAGGAGAAAAAGUCGAAUUUCAUUUCUUCCCACAGAAUCAUUCCGUGGCCCAAGCUUCCUUCGAUAAUCCCUGUCAUCCCAUGAACACGUCAGGCUUUUCUAGUGGGUUCAUCCCAACUACGACGGAAUCAGAAACCGUUUUCACUCUGACAAUCAACGACACAACCCCAAUCUGGUUCUACUGUGGUCAGAUUGAGCAUUGUCAGGCCGGCAUGGUUGGGGUUAUCAAUCCAUCAUCAAAUGGCCAGGAAACCCUUGACUCUUUUAAAAAGGCCGCCUCUACCGCUGAAGGCAGCACUAUACCUGUAACUGUUCAAGGUGGUUUCCUGGGGAAGUCUGGAGGGGAUUCCUCGAGCUCGAGCAGCACAACUAGCUCUACUGCUAGCCCGACUAACGCUGGUAAUAGUGUUGGUAAUGCUUUGGAUAUGUGUAUUCUUCUGGUUUUGGCUUCUUCUGUUGCGCUUUCUAUGAUGUAGUAGGUUGUUGGUUCAUUUUAUAGUACGG